AUGGCCACUCGACGCAUUGUUGCUACUGAAAAAACCUUCCUUGAUAAGGAUGAUCCUAUUGAUGAGCACACGAGUACUGCUCCUGCUGUUCCGGCACAUGUAAUCUACAAGCUCCUGGCCUUCACCUUUGCCAUGAUCGUUGUCCCCAUCGGCUCCUACUUCGUCACUGUCAACACCAUCUUCAGUGGCAACUCGUCACUGGCUGGUGGUUUGGCUGCUGUCGUGGCCAAUGUCGUUCUUGUCGGAUAUAUCAUUGUAGCCAUGAGAGAGGAUCAGUCGGACACACUGCAGCCAGAAAGCAAGAAGGACAAGUAG